AUGUCGGUUGAUAAUGCGGUUGUGCAUCAUCACGCCACUCAUUCAGGUAGCGCGGCUUUUAACAUGUCGGAGUCCAUUUCUGCAUCUACUGCGCGGCAGGUAUCCGCUGGUGUUGAGCCACAAUUGCAUUUGGGGAUCACCAGUUUGGCCGGAGGUGUUGCUACCGGAAUGGUGGGUGGUUUGUUAGAGGGAGAGAGAGCGCAUGAAACUGAAGAAGAGCAGAGGAGAGUACGGAGACAGGAAGAGCAUAGAGAGAUGACCGAGGUGGAACAUAUGUUUGGGAAGGGGGAACUGGAGGAGCAGAGGAAAAGAGAAGAGAAUCGUGCGUUUGAGAUUUCACGCAUUCAGAAAGAGCAACAUGAGAGGGUGAUGUAUGAGGAGCGAGUGAGAAGGGAGGCGGCUGAACAGGAAGCAAGAGAGGUGGGACAAUUAAUUUAUGAGAAGCAAGAGGCUGAGCGGCUUCGUAAAUCACAGGAAGAGCGGCGAAUCCAGCUUGAUCUGGAGCUUCAACAAAAGCGCCGUGACGAGGAGGCGCUCGAACUUCAACGGAUCCAGCUCACCCUGGCUCGGGAGCGGGAAAACGAGACUAUCCGACGCAUUGAACAGGCAAGACAGGAAGAGAUUGCCCGCAAAGAGCGUCUCGCCAAGGAGGAGCGCUCCCGGAGAGAAGAGCAGGAGCAUGCUGCUGAAUACCGGCGUCGAAUGGAGAUGGAGCGGGAGAAAGCCCGUCUCCUUAAAUUUGAGGAGGAGCAGAGGACCGUGAUGGCAUUACAGUUCAAGAGAGAGGAAGAUGAAAAGAGGGUACAAUUGGAGAAGCAAAUCACUUUGGAGAGGGAGCAAGAGAGAGAAGUAAGGGCUGCGGAAGAGAAAAGGCGAAUGGCCGCUCUUUUCGAGAUGAGGAGGCUUGAGGAGGUGGAGUUUGAGAGGAGGAUGCUCAUGGGGAGAAUGCGAUCGAAACAGCUGAGAGAACAGGCGCUUCAGAGAGCCCAAAUUGAGUUUGAAACGGCGAGGGAGGCCGAGGAGAAGGGGAAGCGCAGAAUCCAAAUCCAGAUUGAAGCUGAGAAGGAUUUGCAAAGGAACCGGUUGGAAGAGGAAGACGAAAAGAGGCUGGCUGAACACUGUGAGAAGAAGAGGGUGGUGGGGGAGGUGGUGGGACUGCUACAUGCUCAGGCUGGAGCUGAGAAAUUGGAGACAAAUCUUCAGAAUCAGCAAAAAGACGAGCGCAGGCUGAAUAUGGAGGAGGAGAUGGCCACACUGCAGGCGCAAAUUGAAGCGGAGAAGGUUAGGGAGGAUCAGCAAAAGCGAGGGGGGGAGGAGAAACGUGAAUACGAACUCCAGCUCGAAGAACGCAAGCGCACCAUUGUGGUGGCCGAGGCGGAGCGUAGAGAUGCGGGAGAAUUCCAAGUGAAAGAACAGGAAAUCCAACUCGAGCACGAGCAAACAGCCGAAGAGGAACGCCUCAUCCAAAUGGAAGUUGAUCGCCGCCUCGCAGCUGAGCGUGCAGAGCAGGCACGCAUUGACCUCGAGGAGGAGGCCGCUAAGCUCAAAGCCCAGAUGGCCGUCCUUGCCGCUCAGCAGAAAGAGGCUCGUGAAGCCCGCCGACGCAAACGCAAGGCGGAUCCCAAUUAUCGUGAACGCGAAGUCAGUAGGAACCGGGAGCGGUCGAGGGAGCGCGAAACCGAGCGGGAGAAAGCGCGAAGGGAGCAAGUCGAGCUGAUACGGAAGAAUGCUGGUUUAGAUGAGAAGCCUAGCAAGAGCAAGAGGCGUGUUAGCUUCGCAGAGUUGCCGACGGAGCCGGUCGAGUUUAUUGAGCGUAGCUGGACGGUCCCUGGGGGUGUUCCAACGCUUGUGCAGACUGCACCAACUCCUCCGCCCGGGACUCCUAAGGCUAAAUUACUGGUCCAUGUCGAUCCUAGUGGUUAUUUCCCGCCGACCGAGAAGGAGAAAGGAGAGUCAAGGGAGCAAUUUGGGGCACAGGAGCCAGAGGGGCAGAGACUUGAGAUUGAGUCCCCCGAGGUAGUCGUUGCAAGCCCUCCCCCUGGUAGUCCCGAGGUCGGCUUUGGCAUCCUGGAUGAGGGGAUUGCCGUCGGAACGCCAUUUACCGGUAUUCCUGUCGCUCCGCAGCCAAAUAAUGCGGUAGAAAACGCCGAGACAGCUAUUGCUACCGGGAUCACCGAGGAGUCGCAAGAGACUAGGGAGGAGCGGCGGGGUCGCCAGAGAAGCAUCUAUUAUGGCCCCAUGCUCCCGGAGGGCUAUCAGUUUCCGGAUAAGGAGAUUGCCUUCGGAACGCCAUUUACCGGUAUUCCUGUCGCUCCGCAGCCAAAUAAUGCGGUAAAAACCGCCGAGACAGUCAUUGCUAUCGGGAUCACCGAGGAGUCGCAAGAGACUAGGGAGGAGCGGCGGGGUCGCCAGAGAAGCAUCUAUUAUGGCCCCAUGCUCCCGGAGGGCUAUCAGUUUCCGGAUAAGGAGAUUGCCUUCGGAACGCCAUUUACCGGUAUUCCUGUCGCUCCGCAGCCAACUAAUGCGAUAAAAACCGCCGAGACAGCUAUUGCUAUCGGGAUCACCGAGGAGUCGCAAGAGACUAGGGAGGAGCGGCGGGGUCGCCAGAGAAGCAUCUAUUAUGGCCCCAUGCUUCCGGAGAGCUAUCGGUUCCGAAGUGGACAGCAAGAGAGUUUCUACGGACCUGAACUGCCGACAGAUUAUUAUUUCCCCGCCAGACCUGGUCCAUCGGUGCCAGUUGCUGAGCCUGUAUCUUCUGGCCAGCCCCCGCCCUUGGCUUAUGGUCCCCGACUCCCGGAUAACUACAAAUCCCUUGAGCGCUCUGGUUCGGGGAGCUCGGAAGAGGGUCGAUUCCACUCACCCGCUGAGUUCACAGAGGUUCAGUUGGAGGAUUACUCGAAGCCAACACAGGCUUAUGGUAUGAUGCCUUGUGAUCUUGCGGAUAGUCUUAAAGCUAAUUUCUUCAUAGAUCAGGCUAUUUCGAGUGCAUCGUCGGUGUAUGCUGCUCCUCCUACGGGGGGAAUUAUGGACAAUGAACCUACCAUCACUACUUGUAGUACUCCAGUUUCACGACAGAAUGCCCAAUACAGCCGGGAAGGAUCACGUUCUGUUACUCCUACGCCACUAAGUCGGAGAUCUACCGAAGAGAAGAAACAGGAGGAUGCGGAUUUGGAAUUCACGGCGAUCGCAAUGGCAGCGGCUGAAGAUGCAGGGUUCAAUCCCGGGCUCGUUUUAGGUGAAGCGAUCACUGCAACCCCUGAAGCUACCAAGCCUCCUACGCCCGUUGACCAACGCUUCAUUGAGGAGGAAGAGACAAAGCACAACAGAAGCAGGAGUAUGUCGAGGAUUUCCGAAGUCUUGAGGAGUGGUUCCCGGUCCAAGUCUAGAAGACAGAGGACUGGAUCGUUGUUUGGGCGGUCGAAGACUACCGAUUCGGUGAGCUCAGAUUCACGAGCUGAUUCUAUGACUCCUGGCUCUGGCGGUGUUUCCUUGGAGUCCUCACCCCCUGCCCUUGAGAGGAGAUCUACAGAUACCGCCCGCAAGAUGUCUCUUACAGCUAAUGUGCUCUCGAGCAUGAGGAUACUUAGCGGCGGCAGUGAUAAGUCUCACUCGCAGGGUGUUCCGGGAGAAGCCGAACGUCGUAUUAGCCUUGAUCAAUCGCCCAAUACUCCUCAAUCUACGCCUCCAGCUUCUAUUAUGGAUGGAUGGCUAUCAGGGCGGAGAUCAAGAAAGAGCAGCGUCACAUAUCAUAGUGAUGAUUCUCAGAUGUUGGAGGAGACUGAGAGGCUCGCUGCCGGGUCUGGCACUGAGAGUAAGAAAGAAAAGAAGGAGCGUAUUGAGAGAGAGAAGAAGGAGAAGAAGGAAGUGAAAGAGAAGGAGAAGAGAGAGAAGAAAGAAGAGAAAGAGAGGUCCUCCGGUGAGGCUGGUUCUCCAGAUUCCGGGAAGUCUCGAUGGGGAGGCCUCUUCCACAAAUUGGGGGUUAAGCAGACGACUCCUGCUACCUCACCGUCUAAACCCGCCCUUGCAAGAGCAGUACAGAGGGUUGUGGAUGAUGCCGCUGCCAAAAUCCCACCGCAGCAAACCCACCCAGGGUCUGACGAGGGGGAAACCCAGACUCGGCCUACUACCUCCUCCGGUAAAUCAUUCCAUUCGUUCGCUGGAGUGUUUGGCGGAGGUAAACCAGACCAUCAUGCCACUGAUUCUGCUAGCGCUGCAUCAUCAUCUAUCCGUAAUGAGAGUCUCACCCCCCAGGAUCUUGGCAGAGCUUCUUUUGAUGCUAGUCAGUUAGAUCACGUCGAAGAACGCAUGGCAGCGACUUUCUCGGGUCCACAAGAGGGGGUGUCCAACGACGGAGUCCAUCCUAGGGGGGGUGUGAACAAGGGGACUAUUGAAAUAUCCGAUCAGGCCGGGAUCCAAGCGGGUGAGAAGAAGAAAAGGGCGAUUCCAGUUCCGCGCGGCGGUCUUAGGAGGAGAAGAAGUGAUGAGUUUCCGGAGCUAAUCGGAAGAGGGAGUCUAGAUGAGAGGGGGCUGCCGUCGCCCAUCCCGGAGCUCUCCGAGGGUCGUAACAGCUGGCGGAAUUCCAGGGACAUUGGGAUGAGCCUUGACCAGGUAGCAGGUAUCAACCGUGCCGAUGCGCGCACUCCGGAACAAAUCCCGCUUCCUACACCUGAUACGAAUGAGGACCGGGAGUUCCAGGGUCCGGAAACCAGAAUCCCGCAACUCUCAACGUCUUCUAGCCGGAAAGGACUUACUAGAAAGAAGAAGGCUGUUGACUUAGCAGCAGCCUCUUCUGAAUCCAUUGACUCACUUCCGGAGCAGCAUCAAGGUGGAGAUGUUAACGUUAACGACACAGAAGUCAGGAUGGAAAGCCGUUUGCCACAAAUUAGGAGGACAGAAAGCUUAAAGGUGAAGAUAACAAUCAACCCCCGGGACAGAAAACAGGUCUAA